AUGGGCUUCUUCGACAACUGGGACGGCUCGUCCGUCAUCUCCCGCAAGUCCUCCCACGGCCACCACCACUCCUCCUCGGGCAAGCACCGCAAGUCGUCGUCGCACCACCACAAGUCCUCCCGCUCCGAGAGGUCGCGCUCCCGCGACCGCUCCCGCGACCGCGGCGGCCUGGGCUCCAUCUUCGGCACCGGCGGCGACUCGCACUACCACAAGCACAACUCGAGCAAGGCCAGCUUCUUCUCCCUGCCCAACGUCAGCUCGAGGAGCUUCUUCGGCUUCAGCAAACCAUCCUACUACCGCCGCUCCCCGCGCCAGUCCUUCGUCCAGCGCGCCUACCGCAAGCUCCGCCGCCUCCUGCGCGACCUCCUGCACUACGCCAGGCGCCACCCCCUCAAGGUCUUCGUCCUCGUCGUCAUGCCCCUCGUCACGGGCGGCGCCCUGACCGCCCUCCUCGCCCGCUUCGGCCUGCGCAUGCCCGCGGGGCUCGAGCGCAUGCUCGGCGUCGGCGCGCGCGCCAUGUCCGGCGACGGCAUCGGGCUCGUCGGCGAGGCCGUGCGCAUGGCCAGCGGCAUGGGAGGCGGCAUGGGAGGCGGCGGCAACUCGUCGGUCCACCUCGAGAGGGGCCGCGACGGCGGCAUGCAGUGGGAGAGGAAGAUGUUUGAGAGGGACUACGACGGGUACGGCGGAAGCAGCCGAGGCGGAGGUGGUGGAUGGGGGGAUAUGUUCGGGAGUGUAGGCAAGAUGUUCUCUUGA